AAAUGGCUACUUUGCUAUUCAUCAUCUUUCUUUUUUAUCAGCAACAUUGGCCAAUUGGCAUGUCUUUACGCUCUUCAAAGUGGUGUUCGUCGAAUUCUCUUUGGUGGUUUUUUCAUUCGCGGUCAUCGACUAACUAUGGAGGCACGCGCACUGAAAGCGAUGUUUCUCCGACACGAAGGCUAUCUUGGUGCUGUGGGUGCCUUUAUGAAGGCCUCACAGCCUCCCGCAAUCUCUCAAAACAAUGGAGUGGAGGUAGGAGAAGCAUCAGCAGUACAGUCACUAACUCACCAGGCGCCUCAAAACCAACAACAGCACUCAUCCAAAUGUUGGUCGGAGAGCUAUGCAACUUCUCUCACCUCCCGCAGCACAACCUUUUCCUCCCCUAACACCGAUGGUUUAACCCUCUCCGAUUUCGAAUUUGAACAUCUGGGAGAUAUGUCUCUAGAACCAUUCCCCUUGCUCCUUUCCCCAGCUGACUACGCUCCGGAUACGUGGGACCUGACUCAGGAUUGCAAAGCUCGGGCCUAUUGGUUGGAGUGUUUUAAGCAAGGUGUAGAGCGGUUGAGAAAGAAGGCUGAAGAAAGUCAAGCAGAGAAGUCAACUGCGAGGGAUUCAAAGGAACGUGCUCAGCUUUUUGCAAACCGCUAUGUCAACUUUUUGACCGAACUCAGUGUCAGACCGAGUGGACGAGGGCUACUCACUGUCAGAAGCAUUCUUGAGGCACAACAGCAUCUUCUUCGAGAGUUUGGAUUUCCAGACGCUUUCUGUGUACAGAAAAAGUUUACCACCAGUGACAGCCUCAUUACCUUUAAAGGACCAUUUGAGUACACCACAGAUCCGGAAAGCAAAUAG